AUGGUGCUACACACUCCGAGUAGUUUACAUCCGUCAAGGCCAGGUACUCUUGGCCCAGGGGAGCUAGCAGACCUCAGCCAGGAUCUCUUUGCCUCUCCUCUGCGGUCGCCGCUUUCCAAACACCUCCAGUCACAGCUGCAGAGCUUCAAUUCUCUGGUUGCGUUUGAGAAUGCAGAUCUGUCGGAUGCAGAGAAGGUGUAUGCAGAGUGCGGCCAGCAGGGCCCUCUUUCCUGGGAGGAGUGUAUUCUCCCUGAGCGUAUGAAACGGUGUGUGAAGAUCGGUGAGGGGACCUUUGGUGAGGUCUUCUCCACCACCAACGCCUCAGGAGACACGGUUGCUCUCAAAAUCAUUCCAUUGGAGGGCAGUGAGAAGGUGAACGGAGAGGACCAGAAGACCUUCGGAGAGAUUCUUCAUGAGAUUAUUAUUUCAAAGGAGCUGAGCAGCCUAAAAGAGAAGCAGCAGAACCAGACUCACGGUUUUAUUGGACUCAAUGAUCUCCACUGCGUCCGAGGAUGCUACCCUCCAGAUUUCAUGAAGGCCUGGGACACCUUCGACCAAAAGAAAUGUUCUGAGAAUGACAGACCAGAUUUCUUUCAGCAUGAUCAGUUAUUUAUUAUUCUGGAGUUUGAGUUUGGAGGCGCCGACCUGGAGAACAGCAAUGGAACGCUGGCAUCUUUGGUGGUGGCAAAGAGCAUUCUUCAUCAAGUUACUGCGGCCUUGGCUGUCGCUGAGGUGCAGCUAAACUUCGAACACAGGGAUCUUCACUGGGGCAACGUGCUGGUCAAAACAACCAAGCAAAAGAAGGGGAGCUUCCUCCUAAAUGGAACGACCCACUCUGUGGAAACCAAAGGAGUGCUUGUGCGCAUCAUUGACUAUUCUCUCUCCAGACUAGAAAUCGAUGAUCUGACUGUAUCCUGUGACAUUUCAACGGAUGAGGAGCUUUUCAUGGGCCAGGGAGAUUACCAAUUUGAUAUCUACAGACUGAUGAGAAAGGAGAAUGGUAAUAACUGGAGUAACUACCACCCCCAUACCAACGUGCUGUGGCUCCACUACCUGUGCUCCAAGCUGCUUUCUAUGAAGUACCGGGGAACAGGAGGGAAGGCUGCCAAGGACGUGCGAGAGGAGCUCACUCGUUUCUAUGACAACGUCCUCCAGUACAGCUCUGCUACUGAAGCGCUGCAAAGCUGCUCCAUGUUUCAGUAG